GGAAGAGAAGGAGGAAGAGGAGGAGGAGGAGGAGGAGGGGGAGGAAGAGGAGAAAGGCGCAGGGGUGGGAGCUAUUGCUGAAGCUGCCACCACCAAAGUUUCUCCCCCCUCCCCCCCUUCCCCUCCUCUCACGGCCCAUAGAAUGGCCGGAACCGCUGCCGCCCCCGGUUGGUGACCGCGCUGUUCGCCGCCCGCGGAGCAAGAAUUGAGACUGACAGAAGUUACGUGUUUUGCUCAGAGUCACACAGCUAAUACUUGUCUGAGGCUGGAUUUGAACUCGGGUUUUCCUGACUCCAGGUUCAGUGCUGUAUAAUUCACUGUGACAUCUACCUACUUCACAUAUCAUGUGAGAGUGUGUUACUGGAUAAAGAGAGGAAGCAGCAGAUUGGAAGCUCAGCCUAGAGACUUGACAUAAUGGGAAUCUACUUGGCCUACUAUAUGGAGGAAUAGAAUGGCACAAGUGAUUAAAGAAGUGUAGAGGAUUUCUUAAGUCUGAAAAGGGUGGGAACUCCAUCAUGAUUUCAUUUUCAACUCUACAGCAUCCCCUUCCUUGAAAUUUUAGUUUUUUUACUAUAGUUUCAGGCAGUUACACUUAAGCAUGAACAUUGAAGACAAAUUGGAAGGAUUAUUUCUUAAAUGUGGCGGCAUAGACGAAAUGCAGUCUUCCAGGGCGAUGGUUGUAAUGGGUGGAGUAUCUGACCAAUCUGCAGUAUCUGGAGAGCUACAGGAAGCAGUGCUUCAAGAUCGGAGUUUGCCACAUCAAGAUAUCCUUGCAGCAGAUGAAGUGUUACAAGAAAGUGAAAUGCGACCACAGGAGAUGAUUUCACAUGAUGAACUCAUGGUCCAUGAGGAGACAGUGAAAAAUGAUGAUGAGAUGGAGACACAGGACAGGCUUCCUCAAGGACUGCAGUAUGCAGUUAAUGUCCCUAUAAGUGUAAAACAGGAAAUUACUUUUACUGAUGUAGCUGAACAACAAAAGAGAGACAAAAAGCAGAUUCGAGAGCCAGUAGACUUGCAGAAAAAGAAGAAACGGAAACAGCGUUCUCCUGCAAAGAUCCUUACAAUAAAUGAGGAUGGAUCACUUGGUUUGAAAACCCCUAAAUCUCAUGUUUGUGAGCACUGCAAUGCUGCCUUUAGAACGAACUAUCAUUUACAGAGACAUGUCUUCAUUCAUACAGGUGAAAAACCAUUUCAGUGUAGUCAAUGUGACAUGCGUUUCAUACAGAAGUACCUUCUACAGAGACAUGAGAAGAUUCAUACUGGUGAGAAACCAUUUCGCUGUGAUGAAUGUGGUAUGAGAUUCAUACAGAAAUAUCACAUGGAAAGGCAUAAGAGAACACAUAGUGGAGAAAAACCAUACCAGUGUGAAUACUGUUUACAGUAUUUUUCCCGGACAGACCGCGUAUUAAAACAUAAACGUAUGUGCCAUGAAAACCGUGACAAGAAACCAAACAGGAACACCACUAAGGGUGGCCUUUUGACAUCUGAGGAUGAUUCUGGCUUUUCUACACCUCCAAAAGACAGCUCACUGCCAAAAAAGAAAAGGCAGAAAACAGAGAAAAAAUCUUCUGGAAUGGACAAAGACAGUAUGAUGGACAAGUGUGACCAGAAAAAAGAUAAGAAUGAUUAUUUGCCUCUCUAUUCCUCAAGCACUAAAGUAAAAGAUGAAUAUAUGGUGGCAGAAUAUGCUGUUGAAAUGCCCCAUUCUUCAGUUGGAGGGUCACAUUUAGAUGAUGCUGCUGCAGGAGAAAUACACCCACCUAAGUUGGUUCUCAAAAAAGUUAACAGUAAAAGAAGUCUAAAACAGCCACUAGAGCAAAGUCAAACAAUUUCACCUUUAUCCACAUAUGAAGAUAGCAAAGUUUCAAAGUAUGCCUUUGACCUUGUGGAUAAACAAGCCUUACUAGACUCAGAAGGCAAUCCUGACAUUGACCAGGUUGAUACCUUACAAGAGGGGCCCAGCAAACCUGUCCAUAGUAGCACUAAUUAUGAUGAUGCAAUGCAGUUUUUGAAGAAAAAGAGAUACCUGCAAGCAAGUAGUAAUAACAGUAGAGAGUAUGCACUGAAUGUGGGUACUAUAGCCUCUCAACCGUCUGUAACGCAAGCAGCUGUGGCAAGUGUCAUUGAUGAAAGCACCACAGCAUCCAUAUUGGAUUCACAGGCACUAAAUGUGGAGAUUAAGAGUAAUCAUGACAAAAAUGUUAUUCCAGAUGAGGUACUGCAGACUUUGUUAGACCAUUAUUCCCACAAAGCUAAUGGACAGCAUGAGAUAUCAUUCAAUGUGGCCGACACUGAGGUGACAUCUAGCAUAUCGAUUAAUUCUUCAGAAGUACCUGAGGUCACCCAGCCAGAGAGCGUUGGAACAAGCUCCCAAGCAUCCUCAUCAGAUAAAGCCAGUAUGUUGCAGGAAUAUUCAAAAUUUCUGCAGCAGGCUUUGGACAGAACUAGCCAAAACGAUGCCUAUUUGAACAACCCGAGCCUUAACUUUGUGACUGAUAACCAGACCCUUGCAAGUCAGCCAGCAUUUUCUUCCAUAGACAAGCAAGUCUACGCAGCCAUGCCCAUCAAUAGCUUUCGAUCAGGAAUGAAUUCUCCACUAAGAACAACUCCAGACAAGUCUCACUUUGGACUAAUAGUUGGUGAUUCCCAGCAUUCAUUUCCCUUUUCAGGUGAUGAGGCAAACCAUGCUUCUGCUACAUCAACACAAGACUUUUUGGAUCAAGUGACUUCUCAGAAGAAGGCUGAGGCACAGCCUGUCCACCAAGCUUACCAAAUGAGCUCCUUUGAACAGCCCUUCCGACCUCAAUACCAUGGAACAAGAGCUGGAAUGGCUUCCCAAUUUAGCACUGCCAAUGGACAAGUGAACCUACGGGGACCAGGGACAAGUGCUGAAUUCCCAGAAUUUCCUUUGGUGAAUGUAAAUGAUAAUAGAGCUGGGAUGACAUCUUCACCUGAUGCCACAACUGGCCAGACUUUUGGCUAAUUAAAAAAAUGUAAAUAAUAUUGGCACUUUAGAACAGAUUAAUCAAGAGUGGGUUUGCUCUGUAAAAGAUGGAGUGCUGUACAGACUUAAGAGCAAUGUGUUAUAACAAAAGUAAGCUGAUAUGAAUAGCAAGAUAAUCCAAUAACUGAAUUUUUUUUUCUUUUUGGUUAGUCAUCAUUCAUUGAACUGCCUUACAUGUUGCCACCUUUAUAGAAGCAAUGUAUUACUUAUUUUAGACCAGAAACUUGCUAUUCUACCUACACCAAGUUUAAAAAAGAAAACAAAACAACAGCAACAAAAAUAAGACUUUCGCACAAUUGUUUCCUGAUAUCAUUGUACAUUCUUGGGAAAUGAGUAAUUGUGUGAAAUUUACGCAUACUGUUUAUAAGUUUUUCAGCAUAGACAUUGCACUUCAGCAGGGAAUCUUAAUAUACUUUGCAGACAGAGUGAACUUAAAAGUUUAAAUGUCAAGAGAUUAUGGCUUAAAAUUAAUGUAUUCUAUAGGAAAAAAGAAAUCUUCCAACUUUGAAAAAAAAAAAAAAAGAACAAUAUGCCAUAUACCCUUGAUUUUCAUUUUGCAUUAUAUUGAGCUGUGUUUUCUGAGGGGGAAAUAGUAAUAAAAAUCUGAUAGUCUAAGACUCCACUAUUUAAAAGCCUAAUUACUUAAAAAUAUGCAUACUUUCAACACAUUUACCAAAAUACACAACUGCUGAAGCAUUUACUUCCAGACUGAAGUAUGCAUAUUGGUGUCAGUUUCUUUGUACAGUUGUACCUAGAUAUUUUUUAUGAUUUUUUUUUCAUGUGCAGGUAUCAAGGUUUUGAGGUUUUAGUCAAAGUAUUCUGUAGAUUACAUUCCCAAGAACAUAAUGCUUUCACAGACUGUAUAUUCCAAGUUUUGAAGCUUAAUUGUAUUUUACUUUACAUAUACACUUUCACUUAACAUAGAGCACUUAGAAUCUAUUUGAUAUUUUUGAUUUCUCAAAGUAAAAAUUUUAGAUUUUUAGGUUUGAUAUGGUUGUGUCUUAAUCAUCUCAUAAAUGACAGUUUUAAUUUUUGGCAAUAAAAGGAAAUUGGGAUGUCUCCGGAUUUGUAAAAAACUGGUUUAAUUUUUCCCUUUCUAGAUUCUUGGUAGAUCAGAUAAUUAAACAGUAUACAGAGAAAAUAAAGAACUGGGCAUUUUAAUUGCAUAUUUUACCUUCAACAACUUCUUGAUGAACACUGUUCAUUAUAGUUUUACAAACCAAAAGUGUUUACUAACCCUAGUAACUACAAUUUCAUUUUCAGCCUAGUUGAGUAUCGGAAGCAUUUUGUUGCAUUUCUAAACAUAAAUAAACUACAGACUUUAUCCUCAUACCAUGAAUCUUUUUUUUUUUCUGAAAAGGCAUGAUUUGAGUAACAUGUUGGGUAGUUUUUAAUUUUUUGCAUUGUAUAACUUCAGUGAUUAUUUAAUUCUGGCGUCCCCUUCCAAACUUUUUUCCUCCAACUUUUUGGUUUGCUUGCUAAAAUUCUCCAUCUUUGUCGAACUAAUGUACACACCAGUAUAAGUACCAGUAGUAACCUUGGAAGCUGACACUUCUUUAUAACAUGGCUUUCCCAACCUAAACUUUAGUGGCCCUACAAAUUUGUGCACCUUGACAUACUGUUUCCCACAUAAAUGAUUUAACUUUUUUUUGGUUAGCUCUUAGCUAUUCUCAUGCGGAAAGGGAGCAAGCAAUAUUUGCAUUUACUACAUUUCAUAUUUGUGUUUAAACAUAUUGGUAUCUUAAAAUAAGGACCAUCAGUUCAAAGGAUUCUGCCAACUAUUUUUCAUGUGAUUUCCUCCAUACUUUCUUCAUUACUCUGUAACUUUGAAAUUUUCUAUAUUUCCAUUUGGCAGUUUUUUUUCCCUGCCAAAUUUUGGAAAGAGGUAGACUCUUUAGAAGCAGAGAUUCAGUCCUGCCGUUAUUGACUCAGCCAUUCAUCAUCUUAAACUGGGUGUGUUAAGUGUCACAUGGUUGUAAGAAGGCUUCUUUUAGAUGAGAUCUUAAAAACUUGGGGCUAUGUCCAUUCUGGAUGGACAUUAAAUAUUCCACAGCACUUUUUAAUAAGGUUAGGGAUUUGUAGCCUUGGUCAGAAUUUUUUUCAUCUGGACUGAAAUUUUUCUUCAGCUGAAUGCCUGGUUUAAUACUAAGGUACAGCAUUAGUUUGGGGAGGGGGGUAUUUUUUUUUUUUAACAUCAUGGCUUUUACCAGAAUACUUCUAUGAAUAUAACUCAACAACCACUGAGCAAUUAUAGUAAGCUAAGAGGAGGCCUUUGAUAGAUAAGUAUAUUAUGCAAGUAAAACUUAAGUUGUUGCAUUCCUGUUUUAAAAAUAGCCAUAGUUCUUUAAAUCCAGAUACAGGCUUUCCCUAAGAGGUUAUACUAUAAAUUGUUGACUAAUCCUUUAAGUAUUUAGUCUUUUGCUGUCUUAGUUUAAGUAUGGAGCCCAAGUCAAAAGUUACCUUGUAUUGUCACCAUAAUUAUAUCUGUUCUUUGGGUUUUGUCCCUUUUGUUCACAAAAUUAUUUGGCAAAUAUCAGUGCAUAGGUAGAAUGGAAGCUUCAUGCCGUACCCUGGGCUAGAAUGUCAGGGGUUUGGGAUUGUCUUGUGAAGCUCCUGUUUCCUUUCAGCCUUCCCUGUAGAAAAAUUGUGUAUACAAACAUGCCCCUAUAUGUUUAUGCUUUUGUUUGAUUAGCCCUGAGAUAUACUUUUGCACUUCUGCUACAUUCUAGCACUAUACCUUUGAGGAUGAGAAUCAGGUCAGCAUUCACCUUAGACAAAACAGUAACUGUUAAAUAGCUUAUAAUGAGUUAAUUUUGCCUAAAAUUCUCCACAACACACAGACAUUCGGUUUGGUUUUGGAGUAUUUGAGUGACUGUUAUGAAUCUUCGGGUAUCUAUAUGCAAAAUGUCUACUGGGUAUAUUAACACAUUACUGCUAGAAAUAAUACUCUUGAGUAUUUGCCAAGGAUUCUCAGGAGGCAGGAAGAUCUAACUAUUUGAGAGGCAGAAAGCACCUUGUUCUAGGGAUACUUUUAUUUUCGUUAGACUAGAGGAGAGAACUUCUGAAAUGUUAGAUUGGCCUAAUAAAACUUCUUAUUUUCUUCAUUUGGGUUUUAAAAGGGCUGUUCACUAGAAGCCGGGCAACUCUAACAGUUCAUGUUACUAUAGUCCACGUUUCUUAGGCAUUUAGCUAGAAUUCGCCUUUUCGCAGAGCAUUUCCUGAGGAAGCACCAUUACAGUCAAUGAAAAAUGUUUUUGAGAUCUCCAAUUUAAUUUAAACUUUUUCAGUUUCAAUUUGAUUUAUUUCAGGGAAAGAAUUUUCCUGUUUCUUUUGCUAUACACUGCAAAUAAAAACCUUAUGUUUCCCUUUUUCACUUAACUUUUGGUAGGAAAGAAACUGAAGCAGACAAACAUUUCUUAGUUGUGUUUGUUGCUUUCUGUAAUCCAGUGGAUGGAAAGGUAAAACCCUAUAAACGUUAUUUUAUUUUUUUAUGCAAUACCAUGCUGUAAAUAUGGUUUAUCAAUUAAGGAUGUACCUAUGAUUGAAUCUUUAAUUCUGCACAGUUAGAGUUUAUAUAUAAAUGUGUCUUGACAAUCAAGGACUUUUAUGUGAGUCUUCCUUUAUGAUGUUUAUUAAUGUUAUGCAUUCCAUUUGUUUAAAGUGAGUACCAAUGUGCUAAUUUGUAUUGUCUGAAAGUAUGUAAUGUUUUUACAGCUUGUUUUUAAAAAUCUGUAAAUAUGUACAAACAAAUCACAGUACUGCUUUAUGUUAGAAGGCAUAUGAUGUUGUACUGUAUGUAAGCAAUAAUCCAUAGCAGUGCUAACUUUACAAGUAGCAUCAGAAUAGUUCUAAAAACUGUUUUUGGAGUUCAUAAUUAUUCUUAUUUCAGUUAAUGAUGACUAAUCUUUAAUCAGUUUUUAAUAAAUAAAUUCCAUUGUCCUCCUGUUGGAGCAUAACAUUGUUUACACAGCAUAAUUUCAGUCGCAGAGGAGACAGGCUUAAAUCUGACUUCAUCUGUACUCACUUUCAGUAAGCAUUGAAUGGCCUUACCACUCUUCUGCAAGAUGGAGGAAGAUCGCAAAACUUAGUAGCCAUCACAGUGAAGGAAGGGGUAUAUCUUUCUGCUUCUGUACUGCUUCCUACCUAUUCUUGUGAUUUGCUUUGGGAGGUGUUUUUGUUUGUUUAUUUUUGUUUUUCAUUUUAGAUUCAAGUCCAUAGGUUCUGAGGUGACUUAAGCCCCAUUAUAAAAAGAGUAGGUCUCUUGAUGUUUCAUAAAUGGUUACAAAAAUCUAAAAUUUGUACAUUGAUUUUUAGAUACUUAUUUUUCAAGUUUGAGUUCUCAGCUGAUGAGGUGAACUUACUCAACUUAAAUACAGAAAGACAAACCUAUCAUAGCUUGAAUUGAGUAGAUAUACUGUACAGAGCAGCAUAACUAUUUGAACACAGAUGUCACUGCUUUAGAAAUAAAACCACCAGUUUAUAAAUGUAUAUGACCUACGUUUUAUAGGAGAAAUGUUUUUAAAUGCUAGUCAUUUAUAUAAUAUGUGCUUUGAAGGAUUUGCUAGUCCACUUCUGUCACUUUUAGUACACUGGUAUCUUUUAUAUGUAAUGUAUGCUUUUUAUUAUUGUGGCAGAGCAUUUCAGUAGAAAGAAUUUUGCAACAAUACGGGGGAACUUUUUCAUUGUUGGAUUUGAAUUAUACUGGAUUUUAUCUGUGUAGUCUUACUUGUCUUUAUUUUAAUGCUGUCUGGAAGGGAACUUGGUAUCCAAAUAAAGCAGGUAACCUCAUUUUAUUUCAAGGGCAUACUGUGUAGUGCUGAAUUUAAUCUGGAAACCUGAUGAUUUUGAAAAGGAAGAAAUUAGUUUAUAAAAAAUUGUACAGAAUAAAUUGUGUGUGAUGGAAACCCUUGGUAAAUAGAUAGUAAAAUACAGUGAAUUUUCUGA